AUGAGCUCUGAUGCAGAAAUGGCCAUUUUUGGAGAAGCAGCUCCCUACCUCCGGAAACCAGAGAAGGAGAGAAUCGAGGCUCAGAAUCGUCCAUUCGAUUCCAAGAAAGCCUGCUUUGUAGCAGAUGAUAAGGAAAUGUAUGUGAAAGGCAUGAUCCAGAGUAGGGAAAAUGACAAAGUCAUAGUCAAGACCCUCGAUGACCGGACGCUCACUCUGAACAAUGACCAGGUCUUCCCCAUGAACCCUCCCAAAUUUGACAAGAUCGAGGACAUGGCCAUGAUGACUCACCUGCAUGAACCUGCCGUGCUGUACAACCUCAAAGAGCGCUACGCAGCCUGGAUGAUCUACACCUACUCAGGCCUCUUCUGUGUCACCGUCAACCCCUACAAGUGGCUGCCGGUGUACAACCCCGAGGUGGUGGCUGCCUACAGAGGCAAAAAGCGCCAGGAGGCUCCACCUCACAUCUUCUCCAUCUCUGACAAUGCCUAUCAGUUCAUGCUGACUGAUCGAGACAACCAGUCUAUCCUCAUCACCGGAGAAUCCGGGGCUGGGAAGACUGUGAACACCAAGCGUGUCAUCCAGUAUUUUGCAACAAUUGCAGUUACUGGGGACAAGAAGAAGGAGACACAGCCAGGCAAAAUGCAGGGAACCCUGGAGGAUCAGAUCAUCCAAGCCAACCCGCUGCUGGAGGCCUUUGGAAAUGCCAAGACUGUGAGGAAUGACAACUCCUCAAGAUUUGGGAAGUUCAUUCGGAUUCAUUUUGGAGCCACAGGAAAGCUGGCAUCGGCAGACAUCGAAACCUAUCUGUUAGAAAAAUCCAGAGUGACAUUUCAAUUAUCCAGUGAGAGAAGCUAUCAUAUUUUCUACCAAAUUUUGUCAAACAAGAAGCCAGAACUAAUUGACUUGCUUCUGAUCUCCACCAACCCCUUUGACUUCCCCUUCGUGAGCCAAGGAGAAGUCACAGUGGCCAGUAUCGAUGACAGUGAAGAACUGCUGGCGACAGAUAAUGCCAUUGACAUCCUGGGCUUCAGCUCAGAGGAGAAAGUUGGGAUCUACAAACUGACGGGAGCCGUGAUGCAUUAUGGGAACAUGAAGUUCAAGCAGAAGCAGCGUGAGGAGCAGGCGGAGCCGGACGGCACCGAAGUGGCUGACAAAGCCGGAUACCUGAUGGGACUCAAUUCUGCAGAAAUGCUGAAGGGCCUGUGCUGUCCAAGGGUGAAGGUUGGGAAUGAAUAUGUCACUAAAGGGCAAAAUGUCCAGCAGGUAAUGGAGAUGCUCUGAUCCGGUUGAUUGAGAUCUUUUGUUAUUUGAGCCAUUGUUUUAAAGUUCUUUCAGUUGCAGGUAUCAGAAAAUGCACAUGAAACCAGC